AUGCAGGACGGAGAUCGAUCCUGUGAUGUGGCUGCAGCCACCACCCCAAGAGGGGACCAGCAGGAGCACUGUGCCCUGACCCCGGGGCCCAGCGCCCUGGACCUCACGUUCCUGCCCAGCAAGCCAGGCGCCCGGCCCCCGCCUGAGGGAGCCAGCUGGGAUGCAGGGCCUGGCCAGGCACCCUCAGCCUGGGCGGUCCCCGUGGAGGGUGGCCCCAGCCCAGGGCCCCCCGAGAUCCAACCUGCCGAGGGGCCUCUCCCAGCCACCCUAGAGCCACGGAUUGUGAUGGGGGAAGAGACGUGCCAGACACCCCCCCUCCCCUGGGCAGCCCUGCAGGAGCUCAGGGACCGGGAGGGUGGGCCCGCCAACCUGAGCCCGCCCCCCGCAUUGUGUUCUCAGGGUGACCUCGCUGUGCCUUUCCUUGCCUCGGACCCCGAUCCCUACUUCACUCCUCCCUCCACCCCCAGCGAGACCCCUGCCUUGCUCCUGGGCUCCAGGCCCCGCAGGGAUGCCAGGGAUGCCCAGGCUGAGGCAGGGGACUCAGGGGACUCACCGCCCACCUCGCCCUCGGGCUCCUACAUCACCGCGGAUGGGGACAGCUGGGCCUCUUCUCCGUCCUGCUCCCUGAGCCUCCUGGCCCUGGAGGAAGGGCUGGAUGUGCCCUCAGGCUGGGGCUUCUCUCCACUGGGACCUGAGGCCCAGGAGCAGGAGUUGCCCCCUGCGGAGUCCCCAGGACCCCCAUCCCCCUCAUCCAGCCUCUCCUCUGACAGCAGCUCUUCCUGGGACCAGGAGGCCCACUUCUUCGAGCUGGAUUUCCUGGCCAACGACCCGAUGAUCCCAGCCGCCCUGCUGCCUUUCAGGGGCAGCCUGAUCUUCCAGGUGGAGGCUGUGGAGGUGACGCCUCGGCCCCCCCAGGAGCAGGAGCAGCAGGCGGAGCAGGACCAAGAGGCUGCAGCCCCCGAUGGGGACCAGGCCAGCGAGGACAAUAACAGCACCUUCUCCUCCCUGCAGUCGCUGUCAGACCUGUCCAUCACCGAGGGCAUGGACGAGGCCUUCGCCUUCGAGGACGACACCUCGGCCGCCUCCUCAGACCCCGACUCAGCGUCCUACGCUGGGGUGGAAGGCGAGAGUCAGUGUAGCGGGGAGCCCCACGCACAGCCCGCCGCCUUCCUGCAGGAUGGCCCCGCGGCCUCGGAGGGAGAAGUGGGUGUGGAAGUCACUGGGGCCCCUGAUCCAGNGGAGCACUGUGCCCUGACCCCGGGGCCCAGCGCCCUGGACCUCACGUUCCUGCCCAGCAAGCCAGGCGCCCGGCCCCCGCCUGAGGGAGCCAGCUGGGAUGCAGGGCCUGGCCAGGCACCCUCAGCCUGGGCGGUCCCCGUGGAGGGUGGCCCCAGCCCAGGGCCCCCCGAGAUCCAACCUGCCGAGGGGCCUCUCCCAGCCACCCUAGAGCCACGGAUUGUGAUGGGGGAAGAGACGUGCCAGACACCCCCCCUCCCCUGGGCAGCCCUGCAGGAGCUCAGGGACCGGGAGGGUGGGCCCGCCAACCUGAGCCCGCCCCCCGCAUUGUGUUCUCAGGGUGACCUCGCUGUGCCUUUCCUUGCCUCGGACCCCGAUCCCUACUUCACUCCUCCCUCCACCCCCAGCGAGACCCCUGCCUUGCUCCUGGGCUCCAGGCCCCGCAGGGAUGCCAGGGAUGCCCAGGCUGAGGCAGGGGACUCAGGGGACUCACCGCCCACCUCGCCCUCGGGCUCCUACAUCACCGCGGAUGGGGACAGCUGGGCCUCUUCUCCGUCCUGCUCCCUGAGCCUCCUGGCCCUGGAGGAAGGGCUGGAUGUGCCCUCAGGCUGGGGCUUCUCUCCACUGGGACCUGAGGCCCAGGAGCAGGAGUUGCCCCCUGCGGAGUCCCCAGGACCCCCAUCCCCCUCAUCCAGCCUCUCCUCUGACAGCAGCUCUUCCUGGGACCAGGAGGCCCACUUCUUCGAGCUGGAUUUCCUGGCCAACGACCCGAUGAUCCCAGCCGCCCUGCUGCCUUUCAGGGGCAGCCUGAUCUUCCAGGUGGAGGCUGUGGAGGUGACGCCUCGGCCCCCCCAGGAGCAGGAGCAGCAGGCGGAGCAGGACCAAGAGGCUGCAGCCCCCGAUGGGGACCAGGCCAGCGAGGACAAUAACAGCACCUUCUCCUCCCUGCAGUCGCUGUCAGACCUGUCCAUCACCGAGGGCAUGGACGAGGCCUUCGCCUUCGAGGACGACACCUCGGCCGCCUCCUCAGACCCCGACUCAGCGUCCUACGCUGGGGUGGAAGGCGAGAGUCAGUGUAGCGGGGAGCCCCACGCACAGCCCGCCGCCUUCCUGCAGGAUGGCCCCGCGGCCUCGGAGGGAGAAGUGGGUGUGGAAGUCACUGGGGCCCCUGAUCCAGGCCGGGUGUCCCCUGUGGCCCUGGCCCCACGUGCUCCGCAGGAAGCCCUAGGCCUCACAGAGGUGACCGCUCAGGCCCUGCAGCAAGAAGCAGGCUCCACGGCUGGAGCAGCGCCUGUGGCCACACCGCAGCCCCGGCAGGAGGGGGCCUGCAGCACCCCAGGCCCAGAGCCCAGGACUGAGCCCUGGACCAUGCUGGGGGAGGCAGGCCGGGUGCCCAGCCCAGAGGCUCUGCGGGACCUGAAGGAAGACACAGGCCCAGCGCCCCGGCCUGGAGGAGAGCAGACCUUACCCCAGGACCCCGUCCCUGCAGCCACCUGUGAGCCCCUGCAGGAUGCUGGCCUGCCCUUGAGCCAGGGCCUUCCUGCUGCAGCCGGCCCUCAGGCCCUGCAGACAGACACAGGCUGCGCCCCAGGGACUGAGCCCACGGCCACCUCGGCCCAGCAUGAAGGAGGCGAGACCUCGGGACUGAAGCCAGCACCUGAGGUGAAGGACACAGUCCACAUUGGAGACCUGCAACCUCCAGACCUGGACCCGACCCGACAGGAUGGCCCAGAGCUGGCUGCAGACACUGGGAUACCCUGGGCCUUACUUGGAGAUGCAGGCCCCCCUAAGCCUAUCUUGGAAAGCCCAAACACCCCUGAGCCCAUUGUGGAGGCCCUGGACAUACCUGAACUCGCCUUAGAGGCUCCAGACACCCCUGAGCCCACUGUGGAUAUCCAGGACCCUUCCUAUCCCCCCAUGGAGACCCUGGACCCCCCAGAUUCCUCCAAUCCCACCAUGGAGGUUCCAGGCACCCCCAAACCCACCACAAAGAUCCCAGACAUCCCCGCUCUCGCCUCAGAGAUCCCAAAGCCCACUGAGAAGAUCCAAGACCACCUACACCCCCCCUUGGAGGUACUGGAACCCCCAGAACUCCCCAAGGAGGCCCUGUUCCCACCCAAGUCUGCCUGGGAGAUUCCAGACCCCCAUGAGCCUACUGUGGAAAUUCAAGACCCUCUGCACCUCUCCACGGAGGCCCUAGAACCCCAGGGCCUUCUGGAGCUCCCCAAGCCUGCCUCAGAAAUCCUGGACCCCCCAGGGCCUUCUUUGGAGAUUCCGGACCCCCUUGGGCCUGCUGCAGAGAUCCAACACCCCUCACAAUGCCCGAUGAAGGCCAUGGAACCCCAGGACCUCCCCAAGGGGACCCUAGGUUGCCUCAACCUCGCCUUGGAGAUCCUGGAACCCCUAUAUCCCUCUACAGAGCCCUUGGACCCCCCAAAAGUGGCCCUGGAUCCCCCUAAGCCUGCCUCCAUUGGAGAGGAAGUAGCCAAGGGCCUGCUGGCACCCACUGGGGGCACCUGUCCCAAUGCCCACCUGCCUGCUGGUGAGGGAACUGAGCCCCACUCCCCACCAAAGGAGGCCCCAGGGGCAGAGAACCAGGUGGACAGAGGCUCCAAGCCAGCACCCCAGGGCACUGGGCAGGCUUGUGGGAGCAGCUGCUCCAAGGUGGGCCUGGUACAGCCCCAGAGCCCAGCAGAGGGCCGAGGGGGUAACCUGGGGCCCAGGCUUCCAUCGGCUGUGGCUUCAGAGUCUCCAUCAGGAGCUGUGCCCAGGUUGGGAGGGCGCUGCCCCGAAGAGCCUGCCCCUAUGUCUCUACCACACUCCUCUCUGCAGGAGCCUGUGCCGGACCCGGGGGCUGAAGAGCAGGCCCAGGCAGCCCCCCAAACCCUCGGCCCCUCCCCAUCUCAGCCCCAGGACAGACUCCCGAGCCCUGAGCCCUCCACUCCCACUGUCCUCGCUGGAGUAGCCCUGUCCCCCGCAGCACCCCCUGUCCCAUGCCCUUGCCAGGGUCCCCGGGAAGGCUCAGUGGAGGCAGGAGCCCUGCGGGCAGUGGCUACCUUCUCAGGAACCACGAACCACCACCGAGGGGCCAGGCCGAGGGGCAGCCUCCCGCCCCACUCCUCCCUCCUCAGCCCCAAGGCGACCCCCAUGGGGGGCACCCAUGCCAAAGACCUGGCCUUGCGGAUACCAUCCCCCUGCCAAGUGCCUCCUGGCUCCGGGCUGCGGAGCCCUGCCAGCCCUCAAGGGCUCCCGGCCACGGAGCCGCAGGAUGACCAGGACAGUCUGGAGGAAGAGUCGCCCUUGGCUCCUGGCUCCGGCCAGCACUCAGACAGCCACGGGGAGUCGUCAGCCGAGCUGGAAGAACAGGACCUCUCAGGACCUCAGGCCACCCAGUGCCCAGCCCAGGCCCCAGCUAGUGGCAGCAGUGAGGAGACCGCGGCCAAAGCCAAGCAGAGCCGCAGCGAGAAGAAAGCCCGGAAGGCCAUGUCCAAGCUGGGCUUGCGGCAGAUCCAGGGCGUCACCCGGAUCACCAUCCAGAAGUCCAAGAACAUUCUCUUCGUCAUCGCCAAGCCUGAUGUCUUCAAGAGCCCGGCCUCGGACACCUACGUGGUCUUCGGGGAGGCCAAGAUCGAGGACCUGUCCCAGCAAGUGCACAGAGCAGCUGCAGAGAAGUUCAAGGUGCCCACGGAGCCCACCACCCUCGUCCCCGAGUCGGCGCCAGGGCCGCGGGUGAGGCCACAGUGUGAGGACCAGGGCGAGGAGGAGGUGGAUGAGGCGGGACUGGAGCUGCGGGACAUCGAGCUGGUGAUGGCGCAGGCCAACGUGUCCAGGGCCAAGGCCGUGCGGGCCCUGAGGGACAACCAGAGCGACAUCGUCAACGCCAUCAUGGAGCUGACUAUGUAGCCACUGGCCAGCCCUCGGCACCAGCCCUGACCCCAGCUCUGCUGCUCAAUAAAAGGGUGUCCCCAUCA